GCGACGCAUCAGCGGCCGAUUCUUUGACCGGAACCAUCCGCGCACAGACCCACGGGGAAAGAGUCACACGAGUCAGGCCGUAUUGCGUUAGUGCGCAGAGCCGCAACAACGGUCUUGCAUGUCAAAAGCACGCGAUCACUUUGUGCUGUAGACAGUGUUUCGUCUCUCGCAACAAUUGUGUACAUUGUGUGAUUGAUGAGGCAUCGCUUCGAGUCGCCGUUUAUAACUCGGUCCGCAUAAUAUAGAGUUGCGACAUCAGUAUUGCUCGUACUGCUGCAACAAGCAAGCAUGCUACCUUUCGGGGACCAGUCAGAAACGCAGCAACAUCAUAUGUCACACCGGCGGUGAUAAGGAGGGCUUGAGACACAUUUGGGUAGAGCAGCGCUAGGGAGCAAGAGUCUCCCUAUGAUUAUGCCAUGAACCUCCCACUCACUGACCCAGUCUUGCUGGCACAAGACAUACCCGAGACACUAGUCGCCCGACUCCGCUCGUCUGGUCAAGCAGUAUGUCUGCGCUUUAGCCACAAAGGCGACCUUCUUGCCUCCGGCACCGCCAAAGGCACCAUCGCCAUCUUUGAUCUCGAGACGAAUGGCGUAGCGCGCAAGCUUAAGGGCCACACCGCCGGUCGUACGGUCCAGAGCUUGAGCUGGGAGAGAAGUGGCCGUUACCUUCUCAGUAGCAGUAUAGACUGGAAAGUCAUACUAUGGGAUCUCCACGAUGGCAGCAGGGUGCGCUCAGUGAGCCUAGGCGCACCUGUCUACAUUGCCGAGCUGCAUCCGCAAAACCACCUGCAGUGUGUGGCAGCACUGUAUGAGUACCGUCCAGUAUUGGCCGAUCUUAGCGACAGCAGAGUCAAGCAGUACGCGCUACCCAACCUACCGAAACGAGCACCGCACGAAAUGGACGCGAAUCCGGAGAAGGCUGACGCUAAGCACUUCACCACUGUCGCCGCCUUCACACCCACAGGCUCACACGUGGUCACUGGUACCACAAAAGGCUGGCUGAAUGUCAUCGAUGUCGCCACGCGGGAGACGAUCUACAGCACGCGAUUAUGCUCCAAGCCCAUCCUCCUGAUCAGGCUAAGCAGCUCAGGUCGAGACUUACUGGUAAAUGCAUCCGACACCAUCAUCCGCACCAUCAAGCUUCCGGACCUCUCCUUGCCCGACCUGGCAGCCGACAACAUCCGCUUAGACGUCGAGCACAAAUUCCAAGAUGUCGUGAACCGGCUGUCGUGGAAUCAUGUCGCAUUCUCCAGUAACGCGGACUACGUCAUGGCCAGCACGCUCAUGAACCACGACAUCUACAUUUGGGAGCGCGGCCACGGCUCACUAGUCAAGAUUCUCGAGGGUCCGAAAGAAGAGCUAGGCGCGGUAGAGUGGCACCCAAGCCGUCCAUUUGUUGCCGCAACAGGUGUCGAAAGCGGCCGGGUCUACCUCUGGGGCAUCAAUACACCACAGCGAUGGUCUGCGCUGGCGCCUGACUUUGCGGAGGUGGAGGAGAAUGUGGAGUACAUUGAGAAGGAAGAUGAGUUCGACAUUCAUCCGGUCGAAGAACUGCAGAAGCGGAGGUUGGAUCAGGAGGAUGAAGAAGUCGAUGUGCUGACGGUGGAUGACCAGCAGCUGGAGCGGGAGGGUGGCAAAGGAGGUAAAGGUGAAGAGUUCCGGAUGCCGGUGUUGCUCGAUAUGGGUGAAAGUGACAGCGAGGAUGAGAUUGUGGCUAUCGGGACUGGGCAGUUCCGGCGUAAAAGCAUUGCGCAAGACGACGGCGACUUUCUUGACGGUGAAGACGCAGUGGCGAAUGGGCGUGCUGAGGAAGUGGUUGAGCAUGCGGGAAGUAAGCGGCGACGGGGUGACUGAGACUUUGCCGGUCUUUCUUGUCAUUACUAGUGGUAUGCGCGUAGCUUCAAUGACCGGCGUGCACAUGAACCGAAGGAGAACACAUUGGGAAGUUCUUUCUCACCUCCUACUCAAGCUCCCUGGAGGCGCUUCUUCAUGGCUAAGAUUAAGAACAGCUC